ACCUAGAUUCAUGAUGCUAUCUAUGGACAAGGCUCGCUGAUAAGGAGCGUCUGUCGAAAGUGCCAGAGAAACCUAGGCAACUGUCUUUUGCAACUUGUUGAACGCUGAGCGCUGCAGGCAGAGAAAUGAGAACUCCUUCAGAUCUGAUAGGUUUGUUUGUAUUGUCUGGAAACUAAAGCUCAUAUGUCUUUUCGGGCUACUAAGAAACCGAGUGCCUGCGAAAUUACAUCGUUUUUUUUUAUGUUUUUACGCAAGACUUUGUAAAUGGUAUAUUAGUAAUUACCGUUGAAUAAGUAAAAUCGUGCGUUUCUGUCUUCUUCCUUUUUAUGCACGGUUAUUAUCAGUAAAAUGGGUUUGGCCUUUCAUAGGUGAUAUCGUCUUACAUACUUUCAUUCCACCAAUGCAUGUUGGUUAAACUUGAACCAGGUGUCUUACAUAACUGUACUUAACUGAGCCCGUCUGGUCUCAUGUGUGCCAACGCAUAAAACGCAAAAAGAGUGGCAUUUUUCCACAUAAUUCCAUUCUGAUCAUCACAUAUACACGUAUUUUGGCUUCUUCUGAAAGGCUUGCCGAUCUGUGUUUUUUUCUCUCGUUUGAGUUGGAUGUAGCUCUAUUCAGGAGUUUCUCAGUCUGUACUUUUCCACUAGCAGCGGCAUUUUCUUGGCAUCGGGCCUCCCCCGGCUCAGCUUAGGCUCUCCCUCCUUUUGUAUACCGAGGGAACCUGCGUCACCCCCGGCCGUUUUAAUUGAGAAGCAGCCAAAAGGUAAAGCUGAUAGGCCUAGUUAAGAGGCUAUAUCCGAUUAUUUGUACAGGACCAAGUUGCAAUCUCAGUGGGGGCUAGGCGGGGAACAUGGAUACACUGUAAUAAAAACUAUUCAGGAGCUUGGAGAAUAAUCCUGAAUCUCAUGAACUCUCUAGUUUCAAUUACUAGUGUUCACAUGUUUGUACAAUCUGCAGUUUACAGAGUAGAGAAUAAGAUUAAGGGACACCGUUAGUGGACACAUCUGGAUGUCAUUAGCCUAUAGGAUUUGUUUUCGCAGCUUAGUGUAGAUUGAAGUGUUGCUUUCUUGGUGAUAAGUUCAGACUGUGUGAAAAGUUGCCAUGGUGUUGAACAAACAUAUGUGCAAAUAGUACAGAUCGGCCUUUCAGUGAGUUUUUUUCCCCCUUUUUUCCUAUGUUUUUGACGCAAGCACCUCUUGAGGUGCGGCUAUGACGCGCUAGGAGCGCAACGGCCUCUUAUUGGUCGAGAAUGGGGUCGAUCAUCAUCUCACGGUCCAUUUAGCUGAAAGGAAUGUCUACAGAAUAUCACGCCCACCAAGGGGGUGUGUGGGAGGAAAGCUCCUCCCUCCUCCCCUGUCUGUUAUAAAACAAGAGCCAAAGGCAUGAUAGUUAUAUUUUAGCUGACAGGCAGUUGAUGAGUACAGAGCUGCCGUUCAACUCAUCACAUCAUGACGAUCAAGACAGAGACAGAAAAGUCUGUCCUGACUUACUCCAAAUCUAAAGGGCUAGUGGCAUUAGUCACCGCUUUUAUGAAACAGAGGAGAAUGGGUCUGAACGACUUCAUUCAGAGGCUUGCCACAAACUCCUACGCCUGCAAGCAUCCUGAAGUCCAGUCUAUUCUGAACUUGAGUCCCCCGCAGGAUGCUGAGCUCAUGAACACAAACCCCUCUCCUCCUCCUAGUCCAUCCCAACAGAUCAACCUCGGUCCAUCCUCCAACCCCUCGGCCAAACCCAGCGACUUCCACUUCCUCAAAGUGAUCGGCAAGGGCAGCUUUGGCAAGGUCUUGCUCGCGCGCCAUCGUGCAGAUGACGAGUUUUAUGCCGUCAAAGUCCUACAGAAAAAGGCCAUCCUCAAAAAGAAGGAGGAGAAACACAUCAUGUCAGAGAGGAAUGUGCUGCUAAAGAAUGUCAAGCACCCGUUCUUGGUGGGCCUGCACUACUCUUUCCAAACAGCCGACAAACUCUACUUCAUCUUGGACUACAUCAAUGGAGGAGAGCUGUUCUACCAUCUACAGAGAGAGCGCUGCUUCCUCGAGCCCAGAGCCAGGUUCUACGCGGCAGAGAUCGGCAGUGCACUGGGCUACCUCCACUCCCUCAACAUAGUUUACAGAGACCUGAAGCCAGAGAACAUCCUGCUGGACUCACAGGGACACAUCAUUCUUACAGAUUUCGGCCUGUGCAAGGAGAACAUUGAACCCAACGGGACCACGUCGACCUUCUGCGGUACGCCAGAGUAUUUAGCUCCUGAGGUUCUACAAAAGCAGCCGUAUGACAGGACGGUAGACUGGUGGUGUUUAGGAGCUGUUCUCUAUGAGAUGCUCUACGGCCUGCCUCCGUUCUACAGCCGCAACACAGCAGAAAUGUAUGACAACAUAUUGAACAAGCCGCUGCAGUUGAAACCCAACAUUUCCAAUGCAGCCAGACACUUGCUGGAGGGCCUGCUGCAGAAGGACCGAACCAAGAGGCUGGGCUGCACAGACGACUUUAUUGAAAUUAAGAACCACAUGUUCUUCUCCCCCAUCAACUGGGAUGACCUCAAUGCCAAAAAGAUCACCCCUCCCUUCAACCCCAACGUGACGGGACCCAACGACCUGCGGCACUUUGAUCCAGAGUUCACAGACGAGCCGGUGCCCAACUCCAUUGGUUGUUCCCCAGACAGCGCGCUCGCCACAGCCAGCAUCAAAGAGGCUGCUGAGGCCUUUGUGGGCUUCUCCUAUGCCCCGUCUAUGGACUCUUACCUAUAGUAUUUAAACACAGGCACUCAAUAGACUCCAGUUCAGACUUACAGGACAAGAACUGUGGCGUGUCCAUGGACUUGCAUCUUGACCCCACAUUACAUUUCCCGUCGGGAUGAUGGAAAAUCCCGAAGCAAUGCUUGCAACAACUCUGCAUCUGCCAAGAAUUUAAACGUGUGUACUUGCCAUGAUCUCUCCAACUCUUGAAAGAAGACUUGCUACGAGAGGAAGCCUGCCAUGAUGAGACGACUCAUUGGGGUUUGUUAUCCUCCAUCUUACCCUGAUUUACCAACACACAAAUACUUCAACCUUCCACAACAGACAGAGACUCUCUGCAGCCCUCAAUUGCCGUCUUACCUGAUAGGGGAGGUCCUUUGCACACAGCUCAGGCAGCUUUAAAGCCUCCCUCGACCCUAAAGCCACAACCGACAAGCACACACACCAACUUCCACCUUUUCUCAAAAGAGGAAGGCUGGACCGUACCGUACCAGCCCUGACAAGGAUUUCCAUCUUCAUCGAUGUAGCGAAUCAUCUUCCUUCUUUUGAGUUUCUGUCUAACAACCCACAGGGGACCUACCUGUUGUGUUUGAAUAAGUAGCUUGGAGAUGACAUUUAUUUUGGUGCUUUAGUUUUUUAUUAUUUACUUACUGUCUGUGUGGUUGAACAAGGGAGUCAUGUGAUGCUGAAUGUUACAGAGGGGGAUGUUAAAAAAUGUUUCUCUCAAAGGUGCCUUUUAUUUUUUUCUCUCCAUCAGAACUCACAUCUUUUGGGUUUGUCUGCGUCGACCUUAAGGUCACCGCGUUUCAUUUAGCUCCACGCCUGACACCAGUGGGGGAGAGCAGCUGUUUUGAGAGGAACGACGUAGCACCAAAUUAACACACUUGUUCUGGCUUUAACACGCUGAGACGUAAAGAAACUCAAACAAUGUUUCAUAUCUUCAUUUGCACAUACAACAAUAAUGGUGAUAGAGAGAGAGAAAGAGAGAGCACAGCUGCUAGGUGAGAAAGAGAGUGAUGUGUUCAGAAGUGUUUGUGUAGUUCUGCUUGCCAACUGUGUCCCCCUCAUAUACAGUAGUCUUCCAUUCGUCUCACAAUAGUAAGCCGACAACAUCGAAACUGAACAUUCCAUUUUAAUAUUGCUGUAAUGCAGUUUGACGGUAUUUAAGUUUGUUUGUAUAUUUGGAGUUAUGUGUACUAGAUUUAAUGUAUAUUGAACAAGAAAUGACUAAAGGUAUGCCUAAAUAUGUAUAUGUAACAAUUCAUGUUAAAUGUACUGUAAAUUGUAAAAUUGUUUAAGAUUUAUGUGACCAUGUUUGGUUUGCAAUAAAAGUUUAACUUUAUUACACCUUA